AUGCCCGCAUCUGACAGUCUUGCCCCACCCCUAACCUCCCAAGCCGAGAAGGACGUCGUCAAGUCCUUUGGAGGAUGGACUGCCUUCUGCCUUGCGUACGGCUGUAAGCCCUGGGACUCGGAGUCCAACGAGGAAGCCAAGGCUAUUCUCCACAGUCUUGCGACCGAGGAGGAGAGGGGGCGGCCUACGUUUGCUUAUGGGACGUCGCCUUAG